GAAUAAAUCGGAAAUACGCGUGAAUGUCACCGAAAAGAAUCAAUAAGUUAUUAAAAAGUAUCCCCAAAAACCGCAACUAAAUAAUAAUUAAUUAAUAUAAAAUAAACCCCGCAACUUUGUUAUCAAAAUUCUAAAAACCAACUAGAUGAGUGAUCAGUAAUUCCCACAUGAAUUCAGUAUCUGUCUGAAAACGUUAAAAUCCCAACAUCCUGUUUACGUGAUAAAGACCGAUCUCUAAAAAGAGUAUAAAGUGGUUAACCAGUAAUCACAAAGAGGUCAAAAUGAGUGCAUUGCAUUUAGUAGUUUUAAUUAGUGUAUUGAUCGAAGUUGAUUUAAUUAAUCCAAAAUUAAACUUUUGUCCUCGACAAUGCGUUAAUGGAGUUUGCUUCGGACGAAAUAUUUGCGUUUGUAAAAAGGGGUUUAUUAAAGAUCCCAAUAACCGAUUUAUAUGUAAACCGCAAUGCUCGAAAAAUUGCAUAAAUGCUAUCUGUUCAGCUCCUGAAGUUUGUACCUGUAAUACGGGAUAUAUAUUAGAACCGAAAAAUAAGUACCAAUGUAAUCCGAAAUGUACAAAACCGUGUAUAAAUGGAAAAUGCACAUCGCCCGAUAAAUGUUCUUGUAAUAAUGGAUUUAUUAUCGACUCCAAAAAUAAAUAUCAAUGUAACCCAAAAUGUUCGAAACCGUGUCUAAAUGGGAGAUGUACAGCGCCCGAAACGUGCUCCUGCAACAACGGGUUUUUAAAAGAUGCCAAAGAUAAAUAUAAAUGUAAUCCUAAAUGUUCGAAACCUUGCAUUAAUGGAAUCUGUUCUUCACCUGAAGUUUGUACGUGCAAUAAUGGAUUUAUACUUGAUCCAAAAAAUAAGUACCACUGUAAUCCGAAAUGUUCAAAACCGUGUCAAAAUGGAAGAUGUACCGCGCCAGAAACGUGUUCCUGCAACAACGGGUUUUUAAAAGAUGUCAAAGAUAAAUAUAAAUGUAAUCCUAAAUGUUCAAAAUCUUGUAUUAACGGAAUCUGUUCCGCUCCCGAAAUUUGUACCUGCAAUAACGGAUUUAUACUUGAUCCAAAAAAUAAAUAUCAAUGUAAUCCGAAAUGUUCAAAACCGUGCCUAAAUGGGAGAUGUACAGCGCCCGAAACGUGUUUCUGCAAUAACGGGUUUUUGACUGAUGCCAAAGAUAAAUAUAAAUGUAAUCCUAAAUGUUCAAAACCUUGUAUUAACGGAGUCUGUUCUUCACCUGAAGUUUGUACCUGCAACAAUGGAUUUAUACUUGAUCCAAAAAAUAAGUACCAGUGUAAUCCGAAAUGUUCAAAACCGUGUCAAAAUGGGAGAUGUACAGCGCCCGAAACGUGUUCUUGCAAUAACGGGUUUUUGACUGAUGCCAAAGAUAAAUAUAAAUGUAAUCCGAAAUGUUCGAAACCUUGCAUUAAUGGAAUCUGUUCUUCACCUGAAGUUUGUACCUGCAAUAACGGAUUUAUACUUGAUCCAAAAAAUAAAUAUCAAUGUAAUCCAAAGUGUUCAAAACCAUGUCUAAAUGGAAGAUGUACAGCGCCUGAAACGUGUUCCUGUAAUAAUGGGUUUUUGACUGAUGUCAAAGAUAAAUAUAGAUGUAAUCCUAAAUGUUCAAAACCUUGUAUUAAUGGAAUCUGUUCUUCACCUGAAGUUUGUACCUGCAACAAUGGAUUUAUACUUGAUCCAAAAUAUAAGUACCAGUGUAAUCCGAAAUGCUCAAAACCGUGUCAAAAUGGAAGAUGUACAGCGCCCGAAACGUGUUCCUGUAAUAAUGGGUUUUUGACUGAUGCCAUAGAUAAAUAUAAAUGUAAUCCUAAAUGUUCAAAACCUUGUAUUAAUGGAAUCUGUUCUUCACCUGAAGUUUGCACCUGCAACAAUGGAUUUAUAGUUGAUUCAAAAAAAAAAUAUCAAUGUAAUCCGAAAUGUUUAAAACCGUGUCAAAAUGGAAGAUGUACAUCGCCUGAAACGUGUUCCUGCAAUAACGGCUUCUUGACAGAUGCCAAAGAUAAAUAUAAAUGUAAUCCUAAAUGUUCAAAACCUUGCAUUAAUGGAAUCUGUUCUUCACCUGAAGUUUGUACCUGCAACAAUGGAUUUAUACUUGAUCCAAAAAAUAAGUACCAAUGUAAUCCGAAAUGUUCGAAACCUUGCAUUAACGGAGUCUGUUCUUCACCUGAAGUUUGUACCUGCAACAACGGUUUUAUACUUGAUCUAAAAGAUAAAUAUCAAUGUAAUCCGUAUUGCUCAAAACUUUGCAUUAACGGAGUUUGUUCUUCACCUGAAGUUUGUACUUGCAACAAUGGAUUUAUGCUAGAUCCAAAAAAUAAGUACCAAUGUAAUCCGAAAUGUUCGAAACCGUGUCAAAAUGGAAGAUGUACAGCGCCGGAAACGUGUUCCUGUAACAAUGGGUUUUUGACUGAUGCCAUAGAUAAAUAUAAAUGUAAUCCUAAAUGUUCAAAGCCUUGUAUUAACGGAAUCUGUUCUUCACCUGAAGUUUGUACCUGCAAUAACGGAUUUAUACUUGAUCCAAAAAAUAAGUACCAGUGUAAUCCGAAAUGUUCAAAACCGUGUCAAGAUGGAAGAUGUACAGCGCCCGAAACGUGUUUCUGUAAUAAUGGGUUUUUGACUGAUGUCAAAGAUAAAUAUAAAUGUAAUCCUAAAUGUUCAAAACCUUGUAUUAACGGAAUCUGCUCCACUCCCGAAGUUUGCACCUGCAACAACGGCUUUGUACUUGAUCCAGCAAACAAGUAUCAAUGUAAUCCAAAGUGUUCAAAACCGUGUCUAAAUGGAAGAUGUACAGCGCCUGAAACGUGUUCCUGCAACAAUGGAUUUUUGACAGACGUCAAAGAUAAAUAUAAAUGUAAUCCGAAAUGCUCAAAAUCUUGUAUUAACGGAAUCUGUUCCGCUCCCGAAGUUUGCACCUGCAACAACGGCUUUGUACUUGAUCCAGCAAACAAGUAUCAAUGUAAUCCAAAGUGUUCAAACCCGUGUCUAAAUGGAAGAUGUACAGCGCCUGAAACGUGUUCCUGCAACAAUGGAUUUUUGACAGAUGUCAAAGAUAAAUAUACAUGCAAACCGAAAUGCUCUAAAUCUUGCAUGAACGGAAUUUGUUCCGCCCCAGAAGUUUGUGCCUGCAACAAUGGAUUUGUACUUGAUCCAAAAAACAAAUAUGAAUGUAAUCCGAAAUGCUCAAAACUGUGCCUAAAUGGAAGAUGUACAGCACCCGAAACGUGUUCCUGCAAUAACGGCUUCUUGACAGAUGCCAAAGAUAAAUAUAAAUGUAAUCCUAAAUGUUCAAAACCUUGCAUUAACGGAAUCUGUUCUUCACCUGAAGUUUGUACCUGCAAUAACGGAUUUAUACUUGAUCCAAAAAAUAAGUACCAGUGUAAUCCGAAAUGUUCAAAACCGUGUCAAGAUGGAAGAUGUACAGCGCCCGAAACGUGUUUCUGUAAUAAUGGGUUUUUGACUGAUGUCAAAGAUAAAUAUAAAUGUAAUCCUAAAUGUUCAAAACCUUGUAUUAACGGAAUCUGCUCCACUCCCGAAGUUUGCACCUGCAACAACGGCUUUGUACUUGAUCCAGCAAACAAGUAUCAAUGUAAUCCAAAGUGUUCAAAACCGUGUCUAAAUGGAAGAUGUACAGCGCCUGAAGCGUGUUCCUGCAACAAUGGAUUUUUGACAGAUGUCAAAGAUAAAUAUAAAUGCAAUCCGAAAUGCUCUAAAUCUUGCAUGAACGGAAUCUGUUCCGCUCCCGAAGUGUGUACUUGUAACAAUGGAUUUGUACUUGAUCCAACAAAUAAGUAUCAAUGUAAUCCGAAGUGUUUAAAACUGUGUCUAAAUGGAAAAUGUACAGCACCCGAAACGUGUUCCUGCAAUAACGGCUUCUUGACAGAUGCCAACGAUAAAUAUAAAUGUAAUCCUAAAUGUUCGAAACCUUGCAUUAACGGAAUCUGUUCUUCACCUGAAGUUUGUACCUGCAACAAUGGAUUUGUAGUUGAUCCAACAAAUAAGUAUCAAUGUAAUCCGAAAUGUUUAAAACCGUGUCAAAAUGGAAGAUGUACAGCGCCCGAAACGUGUUCCUGCAACAAUGGAUUUUUGACAGAUGUCAAAGAUAAAUAUAAAUGUAAUCCGAAAUGCUCAAAAUCUUGUAUUAACGGAAUCUGUUCUGCCCCCGAAGUUUGUACCUGCAACAAUGGAUUUAUACUUGAUCCAACAAACAAGUAUCAAUGUAAUCCAAAGUGUUCAAUACCGUGUUCAAACGGAUUUUGUUCUUCUCCAGAGGUGUGUACAUGUCACAACGGAUUUACAUUAGAUACAACAAAUAAACACCAAUGCAAUCCAAAAUGCACCAUCCCCUGUCUUAAUGGAACUUGUUCAUCGCCAGAAACGUGCACAUGCAACUCCGGUUACACUUUAAAUCCAACUAAUAAAUAUUUAUGCACCCCUAAAUGUUCAAAAUCAUGCACUAACGGAUUUUGCUCGGCACCCGAUCAAUGCACCUGCUUUAAUGGUUACACUUUAGACCAUGUUAAUAAACAUUUAUGUUCACCGAAAUGUUCAUAUUGCAAGAAUAGUUUUUGUUCUAGUCCGGGUGUUUGUACUUGUUUCCCCGGAUUUGUACAUGAUUCAAAAAACAAAUCGAUUUGUAACCCAAUUUGUUCGGAACCAUGUCAUCAUGGUAUUUGUACAAGUCCGAAUGUUUGCACUUGCGAUGUUGGAUAUCAUAGAAUUGAGAACAAAACAGGAAGUUCUUGCGUUCCAGUGUGUCGAAAUCCGUGUAUUGGGGGAGAUUGUAUCGAACCGGAUGUUUGUUCAUGUCCUGAUUUUUACGAGUUUGAUAACAAAACGUAUACUUGUUAUGAAAUCGAUGAGGGUGUCGAAAAAGGUGGAUAUUAUGGAAUAGAAAACAAGUAUUGGGUGGUUAUUUUUGGUGCAAGUGGUUUAAUUAUUUUAUCAAGUCUAAUUGGAUUUUUAGUUUGGUUGAGACGAAGAAAAAUUUGGAUAAGGAACUCAGCAGAAAAAACUGACGACAUUCUUCUUUCAUCGCCCGUUAUGAUUAUUAAUGGACUUCCUGCAAAAAUAUAACAAAAAAAUUAAUCAGCAUUAAAAAAAUUUACC